UCUUCCUGCGUAGACAGCCUUCGCGGGUGAGGCGUAACGUGCGGGAGGUCUCACGAGAGUGGAAGCAAAUCUCGCGAAUUUCAACUUAACCUUUUUACCUAGCGACUGAAAACAGGCAGUUGCUCGGCGUAGAAUCUAAGUGGCCCGACUUUGACACUGGAGUGAUACCCCAGCCCUAGGCUGGGGUUCUUUCCAUUAUAGAGGAGACGGAUUCAGAGGGGCUACAGACCGAGGUUGUUGAAAACCAGACAUAUGAUGAGCGUCUAGAGAUUAACGACUCAGAAGAGGUUGCAAGUAUUUAUACUCCAACCCCAAGACACCAAGAGACGAGGUCUUGCUAUGUUGCCGAGGCUGAUCUUGAACUCCUAGCCUCAUGCAGUCCUUCCACUUCGGCCUCCCAAAGUGCCAGGAUUACAGGACUUCCUCGUUCUGCCCAUCUUCCUAACAAGGCCAUGGCUGAUAACAGCAGUGAUGAGUAUGAAGAGAAAAAUAGCAAGGUCCUAAGAGAGGGCAUGCCACAGGCUCCAGGCCACAGAAGCAAAGACAUGGACCCUGUUCUACCUGCCCCUGCAAGUCCCAGAUGCCACCAGACCCCUUCUCUUGCAUUUGAGAAGGUGAGAUGGUACAGAGAGAGCCAGAAGCACAGAAAGGAGAAGAAAAAGACUUCACAGUUGACACCUCAAUGGGGCUUUAGCGAAAAUGAUGAUGAUGAUGAUGAUGAUGAUGAUUCAUCUGAAACUGAUUCUGAUUCUGAUGAUGAUGAUGAAGAGCAUGGAGCCCCUCUGGAAGGGGCCUAUGACCCUGCAGAUUAUGAGCAUUUGCCAGUUUCUGCUGAGAUUAAGGAACUCUUCCAGUACAUCAGUAGGUACACACCUCAGUUGAUUGACCUGGACCACAAACUAAAGCCUUUCAUUCCUGAUUUUAUCCCAGCUGUUGGGGAUAUUGAUGCAUUCUUAAAGGUCCCACGUCCUGAUGGAAAGCCUGACAACCUUGGCUUGUUGGUAUUGGAUGAACCUUCUACAAAGCAGUCGGACCCUACAGUGUUCUCACUCUGGUUAACAGAGAAUUCUAAGCAGCACAACAUCACACAACAUAUGAAAGUAAAGAGCCUGGAGGAUGCAGAAAAGAAUCCCAAAGCCAUUGACAUGUGGAUCGAGAGCAUCUCUGAGUUACACCGUUCUAAACCCCCUGCGACUGUGCACUAUACCAGGCCCAUGCCCGACAUUGACACGCUGAUGCAGGAAUGGUCCCCGGAGUUUGAAGAGCUUUUGGGCAAGGUAAGCCUGCCCACAGCAGAGAUUGAUUGCAGCCUGGCAGAGUACAUUGACAUAGUCUGUGCCAUUCUAGACAUCCCUGUCUACAAGAGUCGGAUCCAGUCCCUCCAUCUGCUCUUUUCCCUGUACUCAGAAUUCAAGAACUCAGAGCAUUUUAAAGCUCUCACUGAAGGCAAGAAAGCAUUCACUCCUUCAUCCAACUCCACCUCCCAAGCUGGAGACAUGGAGACAUGGAGACAUUAACCUUCAGCUGAGGCACCUUCCAAGCUGCUUGUUUCAAGGCUGAGCUGGCCUCUCUGCCCCAGCUGAGACAGACAGAUCAUUGUCAGCCACCUGAUGUCCUUGCCUAUGCCACAGCUUGCUCAAGGGCAGUACAUGUCCUGCUGUCCUCUCUGCCAGAGGGCACUGCACAUAUUUGUUUUAAUGAACCUGUCUGCCUCAAAUUGCUGUCCCCAGGGAGUUCAGGCAUCUACACUACUGUGGGGAUAUGAGUUAGAAGAAUUGGAAUUUCUGAGAUCCCGUGGAACUAAGAUUGGGAGGAAAGCUUAAAAGAUAUCCUUUUUGGGAGAGGGAUGAAAUUGGUUUUUUUUUUUUUUCAUUCUUAAAAGUUACUGGGUAAAGAUUUUAUAAAUCAAAUGCUCUAUUGUCAGAUUACUCUCCUCUUGAAUAUGAAGGAGAAGAGGCUGACUGAGCAUAAGGCAGAGACAAGGAACUUUGCUUAAUAAUGGGCAUUAAAUGAAGAGUAGUUUAAGGAAACAAGUUUUGUGAAAUAAAAUUAAACCCCAGUCCUCCAAGAUCGGCAGUCAAGGGGAACAAUA